AACCCGAUAUUGCCAGGUUCAGGUUGGGUCGAAAAAACUCAUCCAACCGACAGAUUCACACCCACCAUUAGCCGGUUAAAAUCUCCACCGUCAAGAACUGAACGGGUGGGAGCCACACCUCAUUGACGGGCCUAGAAUAAUCUCUACCCACAAAGGUAUAUUUAUUCUUCUACCUCCAUGCUCUACGCUCUAGGCUCUAGCCAGUUCAGUUGGGUUCUCUCUCUCUCUCUUAGAAAGAAAGAAAGAAAAAAACACAAACACAAAUACAAAAGUGUAAUGGUAGUAGUAAUGGCCAGCUCUCUCACAGUGACCAAUACCUUAUCAUCCCCAAAACUCAAAACCCUUUACAAGAAGCUCUCUAUCCCAAUACCAACUCCUCUCUCUUCCCGCCUUCUCUACAAUCCCAAAACCCUAUCUUCUCUCUCUCUUUCUCUUAACCUCAAACACCGUAGCUUCGCCGCUCGCGCCGACUCUCAAAACGGCGCCGAGCCACCCAGCCACUACGACUUCGACCUCUUCACCAUCGGUGCUGGCAGCGGUGGUGUCCGCGCCUCCCGCUUCGCCGCCAAUUUUGGGGCCUCAGUCGCCGUCUGUGAGCUUCCCUUCUCCCCCAUUUCUUCCGAAACCACCGGUGGAGUUGGCGGCACGUGCGUACUUCGUGGAUGUGUACCAAAGAAACUAAUGGUGUAUGCUUCACAUUAUUCUCAUGAAUUUGAAGAGAGUCGUGGUUUUGGAUGGAAAUAUGAUGUCGAACCCAAGCAUGAUUGGAGCACCUUGAUGGCUAAUAAAAAUGCAGAGUUGCAGCGUCUUACUGGUAUCUACAAGAACGUUCUGAAGAAUGCUGGUGUUACUUUAAUUGAAGGUCGUGGAAAGAUUGUGGACCCACACACAAUUGACGUGGAUGGGAAGUUAUAUUCAGCAAGGCACAUACUAAUUUCAGUAGGUGGCCGCCCCUUCAUUCCUGAAAUCCCUGGAAGUGAAUAUGUAAUAGAUUCAGAUGCUGCGCUUGACUUGCCCUCAAAGCCUGAGAAAAUAGCAAUAGUUGGUGGUGGGUACAUAGCGUUGGAAUUUGCUGGCAUAUUCAAUGGUCUGACAACUGAAGUUCAUGUAUUUAUACGGCAGAAGAAAGUUUUAAGGGGUUUUGAUGAAGAGAUCAGAGAUUUUGUUGCAGAACAAAUCUCCCUAAGAGGAAUUGAAUUCCAUACAGAGGAGUCACCCCAAGCUAUCAUAAAAUCAUCUGACGGUUCAUUGUCUUUGAAGACCAACAAAGGAACUGCUGAAGGUUUUUCACAUGUUAUGUUUGCAACAGGACGUAGGCCUAAUACAAAGAACUUAGGAUUGGAAACAGUAGGGGUGAAAAUGACCAAGAAUGGAGCAAUAGAGGUUGAUGAAUACUCCCGUACAUCAGUUCCUUCUAUUUGGGCAGUUGGAGAUGUUACUGAUAGAGUGAAUCUGACUCCGGUAGCUUUGAUGGAAGGAGGGGCAUUAGCAAAAACUUUGUUCCAAAAUGAGCCAACAAAACCUGAUUAUAGAGCUAUCCCGUCUGCUGUGUUCUCCCAGCCACCGAUUGGACAAGUUGGACUUACUGAAGAACAGGCUAUACGAGAAUAUGGUGAUGUUGAUAUCUUCAUGGCAAAUUUUAGGCCCUUAAAGGCUACUCUGUCAGGGCUCCCAGACAGGGUCUUGAUGAAACUUGUAGUCUGUGCAAAAACAAACAAAGUUCUGGGAUUGCACAUGUGUGGAGAAGAUUCACCUGAAAUUGUCCAGGGAUUUGCAGUUGCUGUGAAAGCUGGCUUGACCAAGGCAGACUUUGAUGCUACAGUGGGUAUUCACCCAACCGCAGGUGAGGAGUUUGUCACAAUGAGGACUCCUACUAGGAAAAUCCGGCAGACAGCCGAGGGAAAGACUGAUUCUGAGGUCAAAGCUACUGCAGGGGUUUAGCAAUGGUCUGGAUCAAUCUGCUGCAUAUCAUAGCUGGUCCUUAUAACAGAUGUAUCAUUCUGCUGACUUCCUUAGAGAAAAAAGUUUGUUUGAGUUCUUAAUAUUUUAUUUUAAAAUAGAAAGAAAGAAAGAAAGGAGUAAUAUAGGAACUAUUUUCACAAUGAAACACAUGACGAUUGCUGUAUUAUGAUCACAACAUCAUUUGCAUCAACAGCAAACAUAAACACAAAUUAGAAAAAGGGGGCCGAAGGGGGAGCAAUGUAGAGAAAUUGUUGUUCCAUUAUUGGUUUUACUCUAUAAUAAGAAUUAUUCAUUGAAAUCUGCCACUGAUAGCUGUUAAAAUUUCUAUUGUUAGCGGAAUGUUGUAUAUGCCUAAACAAAAGCUUCUCAUACGGUUGUCAUCUGGGCUACUGCAAGUGAACAUCCUAAUGUGGAAUAGUAAAGGGAUAGUUGGAAAAUUUUAGAAGCCGACUUGGACAAGUGAUUGGGCUUCUCAAGAUAGCAUCAAUAGUUCUAAUUUUCACACUGGACUGUCGACAUACUUAAGCAGAAGAGAAAGGUCUUUGAUAGCAAUGGUUCUGUAAUUUUGCUUUACAGGAGUCAUAACAUACCCUUCCUUUACGUUUAGGAAAUACAUGUUUCUUCCUUUAAUUUUCUCUUUUUGGUUUCAGGCCCACCUUUUUGAACACUUGUAACAGAAAACAUGUUGGUUGAAGAUGUUUUAAUUUUGAAAGUUAUGAUUUUACACAUUC